AUGUAUAACACCGUGAAGAAGAUGCGGGAGGAUAAUCCCACUGCACCGGUUGAUACGAUGGGCUGUGCGGAGCUGUACUGGCGAGCAUCCUCGCCGAAGGACCGUCGGUUUCAGACCCUCGUCGCACUGAUGCUCUCAUCUCAAACGAAAGAUACCGUCACGGCCGUUGCGAUGCAACGAUUACACACGGAACUCGGCGAGCAGGAUCCACUUAUCAAACCGGAAGUCAAAUUGGAGGACGAAGUCAAGAUCAAGCUCGAAGACGCAGAGGCGAAACCUGAGCCGACAAAGGAUAGCACGCUGAACCUGGACAACAUUCUCGCCGUAUCACCCACGCGCCUCAAUGAAUUGAUCGAGAAAAUCGGAUUCCACAACAAUAAAACCAAAUAUAUCAAAUCCGCCGCCCUCAUCCUGCGAGACCAAUUCGAAGGCGAUAUCCCGUCCACACCGGAAGGACUCAUGUCCCUGCCAGGCGUUGGGCCGAAAAUGGCCUACCUCUGCAUGAGUGCGGCAUGGGGUAAGCAUGAGGGAAUCGGCGUCGAUGUGCACGUCCACCGUAUCACCAAUCUCUGGGGCUGGAAUAAGACCAAGAAUCCCGAGGAGACUCGUAUGGCGCUUCAAUCGUGGCUCCCGCGCGAUAAGUGGCAUGAGAUUAAUAAGUUGUUGGUUGGGCUCGGGCAGACCGUUUGUCUGCCGGUUAAACGGAAAUGUGGGGAGUGUUACCUUGCUGGGACGAAACUUUGUAAGAGUGAGGUUAGGGGCCUUGCUUCGCCAGUUAAGACGGAGUCGAAAGUGAAGGUGAAGGAGAGUAGCGAGGAACCCAAGGUCAAAAUUGAAGUUGUAUGA